GCUGCCGCCAUCGUUUAGCGCAGGCCGGGCCGUGCGAGGCAGGUCCGGCGCUGCGCGUCGUUGCAUUGCAUUGAGCUCGGGAACCUCGGGCCUUCCUGCACCAGCCGCCGGCGCCGGCGCCGUCUCCUCUCCCCUCCUUUUUUUUUUUUAAAUUUCAUGCUUCCAAGGUGCAACGCCCCCGUCGGCCUUCCGAACCUGCCAUUGCAUCUCUUUCCCUGUCGCAUCUUUUAUUUUUAUCCCUUCUUUUAAAGUCUAGGAAAGUGGGCCCGUGCAUUGCACAUACCUUCCCGUACGCCCUCCUCCAUCUCCCCUACCCCCCUCCUCUACCCCACCCGGGCAGCAGGUUCCUUGCAUGCCUCUUUCCACCGUCGGACGCUGCUCAGGCUGUGUGGCAUCCUCGCAGCCCUUUUCAUUUCCCUUCUCAGCUGUAUUUCCUACCCCUGUGGCUUGCAGCGUUGCACUCCAGCUGUACGUGCCCCCCCCUUUGCACGCCCACCUUUCCUGCAUUGCUGGUUGGAGGUAAGAGCAGCCGCCCCAACUCCGGAGCUUCCUGGAGCCACGACAUUACAGGGUCCAGCAUUUCCACAUUUGGUUACUGACCAUAAUUCAUUAUCAUCAAUUCCAAGUCACAUUCCUUUGCAUGCUUUUUCCAUCUCCCUAUUUUCUUAAGCAUCCUCUCAUUCUUUUUUCCUUUUUGUGUUGAUCCCCUUCUAAUAGAAGCUUAGUCACUUGCAGCCUCAAUAUUAGCAGCUGCAUCUCUCCAGAUUUCCUUAUGACUGAGAAGCCACCUCUGGGGCUUCCUCCCAUUGCUUCGGCCACUACUUGCUAGCCACGCAAGAGAAGACAGCAUCUCUGGCACUGCAAACUUGAUCCCUCUUUCCUAGUAUUGGAGACUUCGAACCAGCUGUCUGAGGUACUGGCCCGCCCUUCUUGUUCAGCCUUUGCUGUUUUGGGUGCCACCCCGUUCCUGACACCAAGAUGAGCUUCUUUGGGUUUGGACAGAGUGCGGAGCUGGAACUGGUGCUGAGUGAUGCGGAGAGCAGGCGGCGGGCGGAGCACAAGACUGAGGAGGGCAAGAAAGAGAAAUACUUCCUCUUUUAUGAUGGCGAGACCGUUUCUGGGAGGGUCAUCCUCACUCUCAAGCACCCAAACAAGCGGCUGGAACACCAGGGCAUCAAGGUGGAAUUCAUCGGACAGAUUGAGCUAUAUUAUGACCGAGGGAACCACCACGAAUUUGUGUCUUUGGUGAAGGAUUUGGCCCGCCCUGGGGAAUUUACUCAGUCCCAGACUUUUGACUUUGAAUUCACGCAUGUGGAGAAGCCCUAUGAGUCGUACACUGGGCAGAACGUGAAGUUAAGGUAUUUCCUCCGCGCCACUGUGAGCCGCAGACUGAACGAUGUGGUCAAGGAGAUGGACAUUGUUGUACACACACUUAGCACCUACCCGGAGCUCAACUCCUCCAUCAAGAUGGAGGUGGGGAUUGAGGAUUGCCUGCACAUUGAAUUCGAAUACAAUAAAUCCAAAUACCAUUUAAAAGAUGUGAUUGUUGGGAAGAUCUACUUCCUCCUCGUGCGGAUCAAGAUCAAACACAUGGAGAUUGACAUCAUCAAGAGGGAGACCACGGGGACUGGACCCAAUGUUUACCACGAAAAUGACACAAUAGCAAAAUAUGAGAUCAUGGAUGGCGCACCGGUGAGAGGGGAAUCCAUUCCUAUCAGGCUCUUUCUGGCUGGGUACGAGUUGACGCCCACCAUGAGGGACAUCAAUAAGAAAUUCUCCGUGCGCUAUUACCUCAACCUGGUGCUGAUUGAUGAAGAAGAGCGGCGCUACUUUAAACAGCAGGAGGUGGUGUUAUGGCGCAAGGGAGACAUCGUGAGGAAGAGCAUGUCGCAUCAGGCCGCCAUCGCCUCUCAGCGGUUCGAGGGCACGUCAUCCCAGACGGAGAGCAGGACACCCGGCCAGCCGCCAGAGAAUAACGGGAGGCAGUGAGCCGCUCGCGCGGCGAGAGGUUCCGCAGGACGGCUGGGCUCACAGCUCGGAGCUUUGGGCAAGGCACGAGGAAUCAGACAGUCCUUUCCUCAGAGACUCGUGAAUGCAAAUUAUCUGUUGGGUUGUGUGUGUGGUUCCCCCGCCCCCGUUUUCUUUGCUCCCUCUCUCCUGGGCGCUGGCACCUGGCAGGGUGGUGAAGGGGUGGAAGCACCCGGCACCGGGAAAUGCUCCCCUUCCUUCCCUGGCACUCGCUAUCCCUUAGGGUGUGGCAGGGCCGUGCCAGCUGCUUUUUGAGCACAAAGCCAACCACGGAAAGAGUGCCAGUGCUCCCAGGCAGGAUGCUCAAAGCGGUGUUGUCGCAUUUCAGGUGUGGCAGCCCUGUUGGCUUGAUGGUGCAUUGGAGGGUGGUGGUUCAAAGCUUCCUCGAUGGCAUCACUCACCCGUGUGCAUAAAUAGCACCGGAGGCUCCAAGCUGCAGAGGGGCCGGGUGUGGAAAUGCCUUUUCUUCCGCACUCGCCAAAUUCCUGGUUGUUGAGGGUCGGCUCUUAAAAACAUGAAAGUGGGGCCUUGCAACUUAUUUGUGGCUCCCCGAAAGAGUUGACUUCUGAAGCGCUGAGAGAAGAACACCCCAAGUCUUUGCAUGAGCUUCUGUUCUGAGGGCAUCUCCUGAAUGGGAAGAAAACGAGCUGAGCACCACUGCCUGUUUGCACGUGGGAGGCAGCCUUCCCUGAGGAUGUGCUAGCUGGGGUCUGCAUGGGCUGUGAUUUGAAGGAUCCGUGGAAGGAGAACAGCCAUUCCAACGGAGGUGCAACGGGAAACUUCCUCUAUCCCUGGGCAGGUUUCUGUUGGGCUCACAGAAACCCUUAGUUAUUUAAUGUCUUCUUUCCGGCACACAGUCUGGGAACUGCUUUCAGGACUGGUAGUAGAAACAGGAUAAACUGAUUUUGCAUCGUAUCACUCCGGUUAUUGAGCUGCCCCACUGAGGGAACUUUGGAAAGCGGAGUGAGGGAGAAAUCCAAGUUUAACACCUGGGAUGCACUGGAGACUGUGUGUUUCCCUGAAACCCGCUUUUCAUUUAGGCCCCUGUUGUCUUCGCCCCACCCCCCCGCAACUUUCCCCAGGUACUUUGCUGCUUCUGCAAAAAUGGAAUGAGCCAGCACAGCCUGUGUGUUCCCAGACCAUGUGCUGUGAGGGGGAAAAGCAACGAAUCAAACCCCACAGAUCCCACAGGUUGCUGUAAGCACCUGGCGCCUCCCCAGAAGAAGCCCCCUGUGCUAUACCUGCAUGAUAGGCUGCCCCGAAGUUGCUUCCUUUCAGGACAAUUCCGUUGCAUCACCCAGACGCUGCCGCUUGCAAAGCAGAAGGCCUGCCCUAGGAGGAGGCAUGGCCAACGCAGUGGCUUGCAUAGGACACAACCUGGUCCUGGAGACGGGCCACUGCCCACCUCAGCCAGUGUCACUGGCUCUGGCUGGCAGCCGCUCCCAGAGGUCCCUUCUGUACCUUUCUUGGCCCCAUUCCUUAGCCUGCGAAGUCUGGGAUAGCGUGUAGAACUAACUGCCAAGAGAGUCCUCUCCCACUGAGCGACGCUCCCCUUGGAAAUGUAAGCGGUGACCUUGCCGGAAGUGUUGUUUUGUGAUUCUCUCACAUUCUCCGUGCAAACCUUUCUGGACGUGCAAGUGUGAACUGUGCCUCGAAGUGUAUCUUGGUAUUAAAUGUGGGAAGCACUGAUCCCAUUCCGCUGCUUUCUUCUCAAUGCCGGACGGGCUGCCCUCCUCCUGGCCUCCGGAGAACUUGUCCUGGAAAACCUAGAUCUGGUUCCCCAACUGGAGCUCGGCAUAAGCCGUGAUGUUUCUCUGAACACUUACAAUGUAUAGAUGUGUGUCGUCCCGUAAGCAUGGGCUAAUCUUUUCUAGAGCUUAGCUUUCAUCUUUGAAAUCAGCUAAGGUUAACUACAGAUGUCCCCCAACCCCUCCAGCCUUCUUUUGCAAUAAAUACGCACUUUCUUCCAAGCAGGUGGGCCAAACUACUGAACUCAGAAAUUUGCAAUUCAAGCAUCUCUUCCUCCUUCCAGAAGAGCCCUUGACACAUAAUUUAAUAGCGUUGGUAAAAUACUUCUUUGUGUUUUCUGACUUCAGCACUUUUAGAUAUGUUUUAAACAUCACUGCUCCUGUGAAUGAUAAGAACUUGAAAUUUGAGUACACACCUCCCCUCUCCAAAAGAAAAAUAAAAAAUUGGCCACA